AUGGCGGCGCCCAUAAAUGCCAACAAACACAGAACAGCAUCUCAUCAGAGUGGGCACAACAGUGGAGUGAUCCACAGCGGCAUCUACUACACACCCGGCUCCCUGAAGGCACGGCUGUGUGUGGAGGGGCUGGACCUGGCCUACAAGUACUGCGAUGAAAACAACAUUCCAUACAAGAAGACAGGAAAGCUGAUAGUAGCGGUGGAUCAGGAGGAGGUGCCCAGGCUGGAGAAGCUGUAUGAACGAGGGCAGCAGAACGGUGUGAAGGGACUCCGCAUCAUCGGGGCACAGGAGAUCAGGGAGAUGGAGCCUCACUGUCGGGGGGUAAAAGCUCUGGACUCCCCUAACACUGGAAUAGUGGACUGGGGUGUGGUGGCAAGGUCAUACGGCAGGAACUUUCAGCAGAGUGGGGGGCAGGUUUUUACUGAGUUUGAGGUAACAGACUUCAAAAUUACAUCGAUGGAUAGUCCGCAAAUUGUUUUCUUGUUAACGUACUUAAGUGAGUAUGUCACUAUCAUCUCUCAGCAAACAGUCAGUGCGAGGUAUGUGCUGUCCUGCGGAGGCCUUUACUCAGACAGACUGGCGGAGAAGUCCGGCUGCAGCAGCGUGCCGAAGAUUGUGGGUUUCCGCGGGGACUACCUGCUGCUGAAGCCUGAGAAGUGCCACCUGGUUAAGGGCAACAUCUACCCUGUUCCCAACCCUGCCUUCCCCUUCCUGGGUGUCCACUUCACACCGAGGAUGGACGGUAGCAUGUGGCUCGGGCCAAACGCUGUCCUCGCUUUCAAGAGAGAAGGUUAUAAACUGCUGGACUUCAACCUUAAAGAUACUGUAGAUGCUCUAGGCUUCAAGGGUCUGCGUAAACUGGUGUACAAACACUGGCAGUUUGGCGUGGGGGAGCUUUGGAGAGGAUUCAACAUGGCAGCUCAGGUCAAGAAGCUGCAGAGAUAUGUGCCUGAACUCAGGGUGCAGGAUGUCACCAGGGGCCCAUCAGGAGUGCGUGCCCAGGCGCUAGAUGAGGAGGGGCAGCUGGUGGAUGACUUUGUGUUUGACGGCGGAGUCGGAGAGCUGGGCAGUCGGAUGUUACACGUCAGGAACGCCCCGUCUCCUGCCGCUACCUCGUCUCUCGCCAUCGCUAAAAUGAUCGCUGAUGAGGUCCAGAGCAAGUUUGAACUGUAAUACUGUAACAGUAAUAACUGCAAGCUUUGAUUGACAGGUAACUAAAUGAAAGGUGACUACAGGUUUUAGUCAUCUGAUCAUGGUUGGUGGGUGGGUAGGUGACGGAAGUAAAAAACAGUAGAAUUUUGUGGAAAAAUCCUUUUGUUGCUAAUUGUGGAUAGGCUGUCAGCCAAAAUUCCCUCUACAAUUUACCUGAUCCACUUAAACUUUCAUACUCGGCAAAUUCUAUGUAAAUGUGCAGUUUCUAUACUGUAGAUAUUGAAGACUAAGGCUAUUGAUAUGAUGGCAAAGGAACCUACUAGUAUCUGACUUCAUUUAGAAUUGUUGCUUAAAUGUGUUUCUCGGAGUUACUCUAAGAUUUGUGAUUCGUGUCAUGACUAAUGUAUUUGAUACUACAUGACUAACCUCAGGGAAUUUCCUUUGUCUUCCAUGUGGUUACAAAAGCGAAAACAUGAUUGCAGCUGUGUUAACAAGUAUUUUACUGAUCAGACAUAUUGCAAUACCGGGUAAUUGAUGUCAAGGAGAUGCACAGGACUACCUCAAGGAAAGGUACAAACAGACACAUUGUCAAGAACCACCAAAUAGUGUAGAAUCUGCAUAACAGUAAAGAUGGCAACAGCAGGCCCUGAGAUACGCAGCAUUCAACAGCCACAACUGACCUGUUUUAUCAAUCUGUGCUGAUUAUAAUGUAUAUUUUGGAUAUUACCAUCUACCAGGGUGAUUUGGUGCAAUAUAGCUGUAUAAUUGAUAAGUUGAACAGAAGAUAUGUUACAUGUAGUGUUAUAUUGACCACAGUACAAAGUGGGGCGCACAAUAAGUAUAAGUUGCACUUUACAACACAAUUGUGAUUUUUAAUCUGUCUUGAAAGCACCUAAGUGUGUAAAAUACUUUGAUUUUGCAGCAAACAUUGCAGCGAUAUAGAUAUAUACUAAGUAGUUCUCAUGUGUGGGUGUCAGUGCUAAGUGCUCUGUUAGAAGUGCAGUGCAAGUGUUGAUCAGGGAAGCCAUGUUUCAUUGUGACUCCGGGAUCUGCUUAUCAUUUGUGUGUUGAGUUAUAUGUAGCAUGAUACAAGAAUUGUGUGAAGAGAUUUAUCUUUUGCAAUAUCAAUGGUUUUAUACAUGAAGUGCAGUAUAUUCAACAAGAUGUAAACAUUUCUAUCUUGAUAGUCCUAAUUCAGCUGUACAUUAAGGCAUCUCCAACUUGUCCAUGUAAGAGAGAUGGGGCCAUGUAAUGCACACUGAUCUUUGAAUAGUACAAAAGUCAACUUUCAGGAACAAUAACUGAUGUUUCAAAUCAGGUAUAGGGAAAUAGUUUAGUAAAAGAUCUCCGGGUCAAAAAGUUUGAAUCACUGACAUGAUUCAAACAUUUGAUCUAGUACCUGUUUAUACUGAAAAGAGUUGGGCAAUGAAAUACUAUUUCUGUGAUUGUCUAAUCUAUUUAGUCUGCCAUCUAUUAGGUUACUUUACAAAGGCGACUUUGCGCUGUAUCCAAUGAUGACGUCAUUGUGGUAUCAAAACUCAAAUACGUUAUUUUCAUUAUCGAUAAAUAUGUACAUUCUGUACACCAAUAAAUGUGUCAAAAGUC